AUGCGUACGCGCCAACGCGGAAGGCGGAAGAGGUUUAUAGCGCCGUGGAGGCCAAUUAUUCACGCUACCCGUAAUGAGGUCGGGGGGCCGGGGCGUGCGACCUUCCGGCUAUUCGCUUGUUCAGGUUGGCGGACGGCGCGCAGCGCACCUUCGCGUGCAAUGGUAGCCGGAUCGGCGUACAGUUGCCAGGGCCUCAUCAAGCCCGACAAGCAGCGUGUCACUUAG